AUGGCCUCGUCCACUGCUGCUGCCGCUAAGAGCGCGUAUCGUCAGCUUCUUCGGUCCACCCGUAUUGUCUUCCAUAACGAUCUCCCAGUCCUGACUGCUGCUCGCCAAGAAGCUCGCAAAAACUUCGACAAGAAUCGUCGCCCGGGCGUCGACACUGGCAUGCAAAUCAACCAUGCGAUCGAGGUUGCCAACAUCUUGCGCCACAACAUCGUCCAGGGCUCAAGGCCGCAGGGAGAUGAAUCUGCUAAGUGGGAACUCAAUAUCCACGACCAGAUCGAACGCGGCGACAACGACUCUAUCAAAGUCGGCGAGAAGGAUGUGAAGAUUCACAAGGCUUGCUCUUCAUGA